AUGGUCUUACAGCUUGUCCCCCUUCGCAAUGACGGGCCUAUAUACUGCCAACAGGUGCUUGUGCAAACGAAGGCCGAAGCAGACAUGCGUCGCGAAAUUCGUAAGGAGCAGAAAAGAGCCAAAAAGGAGUUGAAUCGUAUUCAUCAUGCGUUUGGAGACGAUGAGAAGUUGGAGCUCGAACUUGCACAGCGAGAGAUCUUGCGAAUGCGCCAAAUCGAAAUGGACCAGUUGAAAUGGGCACCAACCAUCAAAAGUGCAAAUCGACCCCGGGAAAUUUAUCCAUACGUUUUUGACGCUUGCAUUGACAGUGGUUCGGCAAUGAUAACUAUUAAUGGGAUGAAGUAUGCUUUACCGGAAGGCUCUACCAGAGGAAGCUUUCGCACACAUGAAGAAGUUGAAGUUCCGCCAAUGAAUAAGAGUUCCAUAGGAGAUAUCCACAAUGUUUUCGUCAAGGAUAUGGAUGAUUUAGGUCGGCUGGGAUUUCAAGGCUUUGAAAAGCUCAAUGUAAUUCAGUCUGUUGUGUUCGAACAGGCUUAUAAAACUAGAGAAAACCUCCUGAUUUGUGCGCCAACUGGAGCAGGUAAAACAAACAUCGCUAUGUUAUGCGUUUUGAAUACUAUUCACGAACAUCGAAUGCUAAAUGGUGAUAUUGCGAAGGACGACUUCAAGAUCAUCUACAUUGCUCCCAUGAAGGCCUUAGCCACGGAGAUGACAUCAAGCUUUGGCAAAAGACUGGCUCCUUUGGGUUUACAAGUGCGAGAGUUGACUGGAGAUACGACGCUAUCUAAAAAGGAGAUAUCCGAGACACAGAUGCUCGUGCUGACACCCGAAAAAUGGGAUGUUGUUACAAGAAAAGGAGCAAGCGACAACUCUUUAACGUCACUUGUUAGGCUGCUAAUCAUCGAUGAGGUUCAUUUGUUACACGACGAUCGGGGGCCGGUCAUUGAAACUAUUGUUGCCAGGACGCUCAGACAGGUGGAAAUGUCUCAAACGGGAAUCCGUAUCGUGGGCUUGUCAGCAACAUUGCCAAACUACGUUGAUGUAGCCCGAUUUCUACGAGUCAAUCCCUACAAAGGUCUCUUCUACUUUGACGGACGGUUCCGGCCUGUUCCUCUCACGCAGAAGUUUAUCGGGAUUAAGAAGGUUGGAGGGGUACGAGAAGUCCAGGAAACUAUGAAUGAGGUUUGCUACGAUGAGGUUCUCAGCUACGUCAAGAAAGGGCAUCAAGUUCUGGUGUUCGUUCAUGCACGUAAUGCUACAGCAUCUUUAGCGCAAGCUUUUCGAGAAAGAGCGGCUCAGUUGGGACACCUAGAUCUGUUUCUUCCACAAUCAGCAGGCACAAAAAGUUAUGUCACCUCGGAAAAAGCGGUUCAAGCAUCGCGGAAUCAUAAGCUCUUUGAGUUUUUCCGUUUUGGCUUUGGUGUUCAUCAUGCUGGUCUUGUGCGACAUGAUCGACUCUUGAUGGAGAAAGUGUUUUAUCAGGGGCACAUAAUGGUACUUUUCUGUACUGCAACUCUCGCUUGGGGAGUAAAUUUGCCCGCACAUGCUGUUGUUAUUCGUGGUACGGAGGUUUUCGAUGCAGAGAAAGGACAGUUUGGUGAUCUGGGAGUGCUAGACGUCCAACAAAUUUUCGGACGUGCCGGUCGUCCACAGUUCGAAAACGAAGGGCAUGGUGUCAUCAUAACAACACAAAACAAAAUGGACAAAUAUCUUGGCAUGCUCAUUCGCCAAGCCCCUAUUGAAAGCCAGUUCUUCAAGCGAAUACAUGACAAUUUGAAUGCGGAGAUAUCCUUAGGUACCGUUUCAAAUGUAGCAGAAGCUGUCGAAUGGCUCACUUAUACCUAUUACUAUACUAGAGCAACGCAGAAUCCAAUUGCUUAUGGCCUCCCACACAUGGUCCUGGAUAAGGACCCCGAUUUACGUCACCAUCUAACGCGCAUGGUUACUGAUGUUGCCGUCAAGCUCGAUCAGAACCAAAUGAUUCGGUUCGACAGUGUGAACGCUUUCAUGCACGCGACCGAUCUUGGGAGAAUUGCGUCCAAUUUCUAUAUCAAAUAUGAAACAAUAGAAAUGCUCAAUGAAACCGGCCUUCCUGUAUCGCUUAGUGCUUUCAUGCCAGAUGAUAUGAUUCGAGAGGAAGAAUGUCUUGAUCUCGAGGAGUUGAUUAGCUGCGGUUGCGUGCUUCCGCUACGUGGUGGAGGGUUGGCAAGUGUCGCUGGGAAAGUGAACGUUUUAUUGCAG